AUGGCUGACCAGGGGAGUCGCGUGUACUACUGGGACGACUACGCGAAUGACAAGGACAUGCGAGCCAUGUGGGCCCAACCGAGUGUUAAGCUGCUGUGGGAGCAGAGGCGAGAAGCAUCCGGGAAGGUUCCGUUUAAGAUGAGGAGAGUGUCUUACCUCGUGCUUGAAGAGAUUCAGGCGGUGGCGUCAAUUCUCCUGCGCCGCCACUUCAGUGGGCGGCUGGCACCGGUGGGCAUGCAGGGCCAUGAAUGGGAGCUGGUGUGUGCAGUGGCGCGCGUGGAGAGCUCGUGGGAGCCUCUGGCGUACAGGUUCGAGCCGCACAAGGGGGAGGCCAGCACGGGGCUCAUGCAGUCAACAGCCAAGUGGCUGGCAGAGCACAUGGGGUACCGCGCCUACACCGUGGACUGGGCGUCUGCCAUGCUCUACCCCCCGUUCCAGGGAAUGUACUAUGGCAUGGCGUACCUUGCAUUGCAUGGCUCACGAAUUUCAAGGGCGUACAAUGCACUCGCCCGCUCCCUCUCCGCUCCCACCCACCAUCCCAAUUCCCCCUCCCUACCUGUACCUCUCCCCCUCCCCCUACCCCUCCAUCUACCCCUCCCUCUACCCCUUCCCCUCCCCCUCCACCUACCACUCUCCCUCAUCAGCCAUCGCAGUGAGGAGUUUGUGGUGAGGGCAUACAACGGAGGGCCGGGGGGGGCGGAUAAGCCAGCCACAGCAGUGUACUGGAGGAAGUACCUCAAGGCAAAAGAGAACCUUAUGAGCGUUGCUGCUAUAUGCAGACUGGGCAAGGAAGCUGGUGCAGUGCGCAUCAUUCGGCUGACUGGUCUGGUAUCAGUGACUUACUGA